AUGUGUGAUCUCUUUUGCCCGUUAUGUGGGAAGGACAAAGAAACAUUGGUUCAUUUGUUUGCCAAUUGCGAGUUUGCUCACGCUAGCUGGCAGGAGCUUGAUCCGGGAUGGAGUCGAGAAUUUGUGGAGAAGAUUGAUGAUUGGCUAGGUGAGAUGUGGGGAGUACUGUCAACGGCAGUUUUGGAGAGGGUUGUCAUGGUGUGUUGGGCAUUAUGGGAGACUCGUAACCAAAUGAUCUUUAAUGAGCAAUGCAUGACUCCUCAACAUAUGGUAGCAGGUGCUUUGAAUUAUCUGACAAACUGGAAGGCUGCACAGCGUAUCAGUCCAUAUCAAACUGUUAUUGAGGGGGUUGUCCAGUGGAAACCUCCACCAACAAACUAUUUAAAGGUGAAUGUGGAUAUUGCUAUGAAUUCUGCAUGUAUGCGUAUGGGUCUUGGGUGGAUUGUGAGAAAUGAGGAGGGUGUGGUAUUAGGGGUGGGUUUGAAGGUGGUGGAGGGCAUUUUCAAGGUGAGGGAGGCAGAAGCUUUGGGAGUGAGAGAGGUUUUGAGCUGGAUUAAGACUAAGGGGUGGGAGCGGGUGGUGGUUGAAACGGAUGCUCAGGUCGUGACGAAGGCUGUGUGUGCAAAGCAAAUCCUGACCCCGUUUGGUUAUUUAAUCCAAGAUAUUCGUGAUUUAAUGGCUCAAACCGAGGGGAUGCGACUACAAUUUGUUAAGCGUGAAGCGAACAUGUCGGCUCAUCAUCUCGCGAAAUAUUCUUUACAUAUUCAGGAUGAUGGAGUCGUCGAGUAUUUUGAUUAUAUUCCAUAUUUUAUUUCUCAUGUAGCUUGUAUUGACUAUUUGCGAAAUUAA